UUGAACCGAAUCAUGUCACGAAGUACAGUUGAGCUAUUGUUUGGGUAUAGGCCUCGACUCGGUCUCAAAUGCGGCGCAUGGCCUUUUCAUAUGGCGGCCAUUACUUCCGCACUGCGGAAGUGUAGUUGAUGACGACCAUCAUUGACCCCCCAGCUCUCGUUCCUUUGUUUGAAGGCUCAUGCAGACAAGCGACACAGCAUACCCUAUGGCUGCUAGCUUCUGCCAAAAUCCUUUCAACUUGCGGAGGUGAACAUUGCACGGGCUGCCCUUCCGCAGUGAGGUGUGGCGGGAUGUCCGAUAGGCCGCCGGGGUUUGGUCCAGAGUCCGAGACAGAUAUUAUUGCGCGGGCGAGAUUGGACAAUCGCCACUCAAGCAGAGGGUCACUGCGGGAGUUUCUGCCAAGACAAGCUUAUCAUAGGGUUGCACUUUUUUUUCCCGCUCCCCCUCUUCUUUUUUGGCCCUCCGCCGCGAAGGAUCCUCUUGUAGAUACGCCUAUCUACACAAUGCUCUUCUCGAUUGCAUGUAGGCCGGAGAGUGUACAAAUCAGGCCGUCUGACAGUAGAGUGAACGCUGUUCAAAGUCUUGGUGGUGCUCUAUAAGGUCACCGAGGUCGAAAACUUCUCGACCCACUCCGCUCCGAGCGUGCUGCAGAGAGAGACACAAGGGCCGAUGUGGAUCGCAACCUUAACCCAGACUGGUAGACUGUCUGCCACUGCACUGAUGGACAAAAGAUUGCUUGUUUAAAUUUUCCUCUCGGGUUUGACAGCCUCAUCAUGACCCAAACAAGACAAGAAUGGUAUCUUGCCACGUGCUGCC